AUGCAUUAAGUUAAUCUAGUAGAAUUGCAUAACAAUGAUCGUGAGCAAUUGCUCACCGAAAAAGACACUAUGUUAGCUAACUCAGAAAGAUUGCCAGGAUUUGUAUAGGAGUAUUAAGUCAUGAUUAUAAGAAAAUUAAACUAGAAGGAAACUAGAAUUAUGCUCAUGGUUAUGUCUUUAGAGGCAUAUUUAUCAAUUAUUCUUUUUGGGUAUUUAGAAUUGACAGCUGCUAAUAAUUUGUUUGAAGUCUAUUAAUUUUUUCCUUAUGUCAUAAUGACAGUUUUAAUGGUUGAAAUAGUUCUUAAAAUCAACCUAACCUUCAACUUAAAAAGGGAAGCACAUCAAUUUUAUGAUGACAUAAAUAUAAACCACUUGAUUCAUAAAAAAAAGAACUUAAGUUAAACUAUUGGACAGGAUCAAAAUAAGGAGCUAAUUUGCUUGUGGGGAAUAUUACAAUUAGAGAUAUUUUAUAUUCAGUGUUUAUCUCGCAAACUGCAAGAAUAUACCUAAAGAAUUUUGGAAUACGAAUCAAAUCAAAACUAAAUCAAGGAAUAAUAAGUUUGUCAUUAAUCAAUCCAAGCAAUUUAUUCAUAUAUGAGAUUUAGAUAAUUGUAUGUUACCUUAAAAAUUUGUAUUUUUUUGCUUCUGCUCAAUAAUAUUUAUGGGAAAAACUCUUCUGAAAUAGUAGUUCUCGUUAUUUACAUUAGUUUUUUAACCUUGCUCAAUAUUUGGUUUAAUUACCAUAUUGCUGUUGUGUAUUUAUUUUGUCGCUCAUUUAUUUUAUCAUUAAGAGAUUUUGUGAUAUUAAUAUGUGAAAUUUCAAUUAAAUGCUCACAUAGUUUGAUGUUUCUCUACUUGUUGACUCACUUAGACGGUGUUUACAUUAUUUUCUCUUCUGCUUUUAUCUGUAUUUGCUCAAUAAUGGGAGCAACAAUUACAAUAUAGCUAAAUACUAAUUUUGAUGCCUAAUAUCAAGGAAUUUUUGAUAUGGUUUUUUUAGGAUAUUCAGUAAACUACUAUAUUGGUUUAAAGCACAGAGAGUACUUCGUCAAAAAUGUAGCAUACACUUAUAAAAAAGAUUUGCUAAAGCAGUUUAUUAUUUUUAUAAUUCAGCUUGCUAUUAUUUUAUAUUAUUACUAUUCAAAUUUACCUGAAUUUAACAUUCAUGAGUAAUUCGUCAUAGGUUUGAUAUCUGCUCUUUUUAUAAUUAGAGUAUCAAUGACUUUAUUCAAGAUCACUUACUAUCUAAAGCCAAAAUAAAUUCUAAUUCGUCUCAAAACUUUUUCUGGCGUACCACAUUUUAUAGAAGAAACCAUUACUUCUCCAUAAACUUUGAAUCCUGCUCCAAAUAACUUAAGAGAAUUAUGGUAGUAAUAGUAGGAGAUUUAACUUUAGCAAUAAUAAUAAUAUGAGAGUGAAUUGAAAAGUGAAGUAAAUUCUGCAACAGAAAAAGAUUUAAAUACCUGUCCUACGUCAUAAAUUCCUUAAUUAAAUAAGUGCUAAUCUAAAAAUAACCAAAGAAGACUGUUGAUUUAAAAAUUAAUAACUUAAAAGCUCGAGCUAUCUCCUUAUAAAUUAACAUUCUAUUCAGAUCAGGAUAUUUAUGAGUUCGAAUAAACCCAAGAGCUCCAACUUAUUCUGAGUGAACUGAUUAAAUACAAAAAAACAGAACUCAUUUUCUUAAUCUCAAAUUAAAUAAAGAUUUUUAAUUAAUAUGGACACAUCAAUGUACUUAUCCAUAGAUAUAAUAAAGAGCUCAUGCUUUUCAUAGAGAGAUUUAUCAUUCCAGAUGCAGGGAGUAUAUAAAUAGACUCUUGCUAUGAACAUAAUUCAGAUAUAUACAUAUAGUUGAUUCUUUUAUAUAAUACUAUUAAUAAAGAAUUUGAUGUAAAUACCAAAAUAACACUCUAACCCUAAGAUAUGAUUAGCAAGCUCCCAGUUAAUCGUCAUUAAAAAAACAAUUAACUCAAAGCUAUUAGAAACGUAAUUAACUCCAAAAUGAUCACAAUCCUAAAAAUAAUAAUUAUGAAUCGUAUUGUUUCUCAAUAUCUUUACUAAAGUUCCUGCUAUGUAUUAUAUGACUUAGCCUAAAUCGAUUGA